UAUGGAUAAGCAUACACCCAACUUCUCUGUGAUUGAAUUAAACGACGAGGAGCACAAUAUUCUGCAAAGCGAACAAAGAGUUUCCUCCUUCGUAGCGACAACAACCCAUCAGCCAGCUCUCACUACUCGUCGACGUGAUGGCCAGAUGAUUCCGUUGAGUGAGCGCUUCAGUUCACUUCUGCCACUCGUGCGUACGGCAGCACUUCUUCUACGUUGGCUUCCAACACGGCGGCAUUUGCGUACAUUGGUAGUCAGCCCAACAGAAAUCGACAACGCUCUUAAUAUACUGAUUCGAAAUGAGCAACACGAGAACUUUGCAGUUGAUUUGGCCCAAAUCCGAAAAGGAACUGGCGUAUCUAGUUCCAGCAAGCUAAAGUCAUUGAAUCCAUACAUGGAUGACACAGGCGUUCUGCGCGUCGGAGGCCGCAUCAGUAAGGCUGAUCUGCCAGAAGAUAGGCGGUUCCCCAUAAUCUUACCUAAACACGGUAGACUAGUCGAGCUGAUAAUCAGACAUGCACAUGAAACAACGCUUCAUGGUGGACCGCAACUGGUACUCCAAACUCUACGCUCGCGUUAUUGGAUAUUGAAUGGUAGACAAGCCGUUCGAAGUUACGGACAGAAGUGUGUUAUCUGCCGCCGACACCGUGGCGUGACUCUUUCGCAGCAAAUGGCAU